CCGACUUCGGCAACUUCCAAACAUUUGCGAGCGCUUUGGGAGCAUGUCUGCCAUCCAAGCUCUGGAGCAGUGGUGCCGGUCUCAGUGUGACGGCUACCGGGAUGUGAAUAUCACCAACAUGACCACGUCGUUCCGGAGCGGACUGGCUUUCUGUGCCCUCAUCCACAAACACAGACCAGACCUCAUUGAUUACGACUCUCUCCGCAUGGAAGACGUGUUUGACAACAACAAGCUGGCUUUUCAAGUGGCUGAGGAGGAAUUGGGUAUCCCAGCUCUGCUGGACGCGGAAGACAUGGUGGCCUUAAGGAUUCCCGACAGACUGAGCAUUCUCACCUACGUCUCUCAGUACUACAACUACUUUAAAGUGCCUCAAGCGAAGAAAAAUCUCCCAGUGGCCCCCAAAGCCUCGGCAACCAAACCCGCCGUUAAGAAUCAGGCUCCUUCCCCUGUCGCCAGCCAGAUGUCUCCCAAGGUGGCGAAAGCUGACUCUGAGGAGCCGAACAGCAACAAAAGUGGAACGCUCAAUAGUAAAUGUGUGACCUGCAAAGGUCACGUUCAUCUUGUCCAACGACAUUUCGUGGAUGGGAAACUCUUUCACAGGCGCUGUUUCAUUUGCUGUGAAUGUUCCGGCACGCUUCACGCAGGAGGCUACAAAGCUGGGAAGAAGCCCGACACUUUUGUUUGCCGCGUACACCCCGAGAAGGCUUCUGAACCUUCCACCGGGGCUCAAGUCAAGCCUGCGGCCAGCUUGUCAGAAAACCUCAUCGGCAUCCAGCCUGCACCUUCUUGCAAGCCCGUCCAGCCAGUCCCUCCGACUCAAUGCUGGACAACCUCGGCUCAGAAAACUCAAGCGGCCCGGCAGAACUUUCUCCAAGCAGCGCCGCCGCCUCCUGCAGCGUUCCCGCAAUGGCCGCAAAUCAGUACGAGAAAGAAACUGGCUGAGCAAAACUGCAAUAAUAACAACAAACGUCCGUUUACUAUUCGCUCAGCGGAGAGACGCUUUGGAGGAGAGUCCAGUCCAGCUGAAAGUUCCACUGCGCCGAAAGUCAAAAGCAGCAAAAAUCCAGCAAAGAACUUUCCUCCCGAGGCGAUCAAAUGCAGCAACGCGAGACCACCGACGGACGCCGAUCCUCCUCCCAAGUGUCAACAUGUGGAAAGCAAAGCCGAGGCGCCAAGAGAAGACGCCGAAUCUGCUGGAAAAGAACAUCAGUAUGACUUCGUGUCCACGUCUUUCUCCAGCGUCCCCUUAAGUCCUGCCAAGAAGAAAUCUGAGCCUUCCGGGCAGCGCUCGCCUGUCAAAUCCACGACAAAAUGGCCAGCUACAGAAUCCAUUCGCUCGCCGACCUGCAAGGGAGACGUCCUGUCAGGUGCUAAAAAGGGAAAGUAUUUGUCACCCACCAACGCUCCCGGCGCAGAAAUGAGGUCACCCUCGCCCCAGUCUUAUCACAUCCCGGUGGAGCGGAUUGAGAACGAGCUGGACCAGAUCGAGAAGAGCCUGGUGCUGCUAGAGAGGGAAGGUGUGGAGCUGGAGAGGAAACUCCGCCGCUGCGAGGAAGAGGGCGGGGGCGACCUGCUGAUGGAUCCUCUGAUGGUUGACUGGUUCAAGCUCAUCCGAAAGAAGCAAAUGUUCAUCAGGAAGGAGUCUGAACUUGUCUACACAGCAAGGACUCAAGAGCUGGAGCGGCAACAGCCACGUGUUGAGCAGGAACUUCGCAGGCUCCUGGAAAAGCCAGAUCACGUCAAGUCGUCCGAGGAGCGAGCCCGUGAGAAGAUGCUGAUGUGCAACCUGAUGGAAAUUGUCAAUGGUAGGAACGCCAUUGUGAAGGUCCUGGAUGACGACCGCCUCAGGGAAUUGGCGGAGGAUGAGCAGCUAAACACAAUGAUGACAAAUUUGGGAAUAAAGAAAGGCAAACCUAAAAGGAAAUCCUCCAUCUCGAAACUGUUUGGUCGAAGACGUAAGCGACGAGUGGAAUAAUGUUCGGUAAUUCGAUAAAGCGUUGAGACAUUUUGAUGUCAUAAAGCACAUACCGAUUUGAACAUUGUAACUUAAACUUUUUAUCACUGUAAUUAGUUAAGAUUUGUGAUCGUAAAAAUCAAAGAGGUAAGAAUAUGGUUUUUAGCUCCCACUAAUCUAUACGCAGCAUUAAUCAAUACUGCCUGCUUGGAAUAAGAAUUGAUCUGAUUAAUUGAUCAAUUUUCAAUCCCAGAUGGUGCUCGCUUUGGGCAAUAUCACCCUCUGCUGUCGUCACUAUAACCUCACACUACAAGAUAUUUAUUCAGAGACAUUCUUUUAUCGAGCCUUUUCUGACUUGGGUCGGUCGGAAGUGUCAAAGAUAAAGUUAGCCCCAAUUAUAGGUGUGUGAGCACGCCGCUUAAUUAAUGGCAGGAUUAAUGUUAGAAUGCAGCAUAAACCAUUUUUUUUGUUUGGCCUUGGCUGAGGUCUGAUAUUUGUUUUCUUGUAAUGUAAAAAAAAUGAAAGACUAUUUGCUGUGUUUAUUAUUCACACAUUGUCAUUGGUUUUCUGUCACUUACUCAUAUUACCUGCACGUCAUAUGACACACACACACAAACGCACAUGCACACACACACCUCGACCAUCCUAUAGUUAUUCUUUCCAUUCUACCUUUUAAUAAUAACUUAUCAGUGUGUGCUACUUUAAUGAAUCAUUAAAAAAAAAUGUAGCCAAUCAGGUGGCGCGAGGUCAAAAGUAGGUCGUGGGCUGUUGAAAUCGUUCCUGCUGCAUUAUGUGCAUAUUAGACACACGUGUAAUCCUUCCACAGCCUCCCAGCCAAAUUGAAAUUAUUUCAUUAAUAAUUCCAAUAAUGGAUUUUAACAAAUUUCCUAAUGGAUUUUAACAAAUUUCCUGUAACGACAUUAGCGGGAGAAGACAGAGGGGUGGGGGAGGACGCGGGGGUCUUGUUAAUUAAGUAAGCCACACGUGUUGAGCAGCCUCCAUUUUGUACUGUAGGUGGCAGCCUGGCUAUGCUCUAUCACACACACUCUUACACACACACACACAUAGCCGCCACUUGCAAAAUCCAAUUUGCCUCACUUGCAGACAGUUAAUUUCUUUGCUAAUUUUAUAAAUGGUGUAAAAAAAAAAGUUUGAGCUGUGCCGAUGCUGUAGCGCUAUGUGAAAGAGGAUUAGCUCCCGCGCUAGCUUAUGGCGGCCAAGGCUUAUAAACUAUAGUGCGGCCUUAUCACACGUCUGACGUGCUUUAAUUAAACAUUACUCUUUGCUAAUAUCUGCGCGGCGAUUGCGGCGCACCUAAAUGUGCGGCCUCCUCGCUUUUAGCAUUUUAGCCGGGAAAGGAAAGCACGCUGUAGCAACUUUAAACUUCGGUGUCCAGCAAAUCCUUUGAAGAUUAGCGUGUGCGCUAAAGCUGAAGAGUAGUAUUCACACAUGCAGCACGUACAAGCUAAAAUAUUCUGCAGCCGAUUUUUAUUACUCCGCCUACUUUUUUUCCACUUCUUCCAUUUUUUCAGCCAAUUUAAACCCUUCACAUUCUAAUAGAUUCAAAACAAUUCAGGAUUUUUUGGGGGUUGCAAUUAUGCAUAACAAAAGAUAAAAUGUAGAUGAACUGCAACAAUAUGACACAACUCGCGUUGAGAUGCGUGAAAUGGAGAUCACAGUCGGAACUGAGUUCUGAAAUGAUGUUUGGAGUCUCUGUGAGGAAAAAAAAAGAGGAAGAAGUGGCACACGGAUGAUGCGUCUGACAGUCGAGACUUGAAUGUGUGAUAUUAGAGUUAAUUAAAGCUUUGCGCCCCAUCUCCUGCAAACGCUCGCACUGGUGCAAUUAAGAAUCAAAGGCGAGGGCUUAGUGUCAGGGGGGUGGGUGGGGGCGCGCGAUACAUGCUUGCAAACGGCAACGGGGACCCGAUUCGCCCGGCUAGCGCCGAGCGACAAGCAUUAACAACAGACCCAAAUUAGAGGGACAUUAAUAUUCAUAAGUCAAACAAUUUGUGCUCGCGCGCGUGAUGAAACGGAAUCCUCGGAGGUGAGCGCUCCUGUCCGGGCUGCUCAUUAGAAUAUACCAUUAGCCGUCAAGUGCUUCAUCUGGAUGAAAAGUCUCUUUUGGACUGAAUUUGUAAUCUUGUUUGGGGAACUUUGACAUAGAAAUAGUAUCAAUAGGUACACCCACGCAUAACAUGAACAUUCAUGUGGUUGGUGUACAAAGGAGGUCCUCAUAUAUUGCUUGACUUGAUCAAGUUGUUGAAAUAUUCUAUCGUAAAUUAGUUUAGCCCAAAAUGGUUCUCAUUUUCAGUUUGAGGCAAGGCAGCUUUAUUUAGAAAAACAAGAGCUCAAGAUUUUCAUAAAACAAGUAUAAAUAUUAAGUGCCUAGUAGCUUACUAACAUGAGUAAUAGAAUGUAAAGUGCGGGAUUUAAAAAUGAUUAAAAAAGAAUAGGUCACAUUUUCUGUCUGUGUGAUUUUAUUUUUUGCGCGUGUGAAUGAUACACGAAAAUGGUAAGACUGCAAGAAGCCGAUGCUUUUAUUAUUCUUAUUUUACACUUGUCCACGAUAUUUUUCUUUGCAAAAAUAUAUAUCAUAAUUGAUGCUCUAAAAAAAAUGCGCAUCCUGAUUUUUAGU